AUGACCCACCAACGAUUGGCCUCUUUGGGCUGCUAUGAUCGCACCCCAUUCUCGUCCGUUACAAGCCUGACCUUCCAACAAUUGGUCUCUUUGGCCUUCUAUGACGAUCGGAAAUCAUUAACAUCAUGUUAUGUGCAGUCAUUGUUGGAAAACCCAUUAGCCCCUUUGGAAACUUGUAGGUUCAACGUGCAAACCAAAUGGGUACAUAUUUUAGGGUCAUGCAAUGGGUUGCUGUGUUUGGCUGAUAGAUCUUGUUUAUUCAGAUUGAUGAACCCAUUUACCAGAUUGGCAUCCAAGAGAUCACCACCCCUUGAUGUGAGAUCACCACCCGUUGAUCUUGAUGUGAGGGACGAUGUGAUCACACAAUAUGGUUUUGGCUACGAUCAAGUUAACAACAAGUACAAAGUGUUGAUUACUUAUGGCUUUCCUAGAGUAACCAAACUUUAUACCUUUGGUACUAAGUCUUGGACAACAAUUCAGAAUUUCCCAUGUGAUCAUCAGGUGCCGUGGCGAUGGUGGGAUAAGCAAGGAAAAUUUGUGAGUGGUUCUCUUAAUUGGUGGGUUCCGGAAAGAAAUGGUAUUAUUUCCUUUGAUUUGGAGAAGGAGACCUAUGGUGAAGUGUUGCUCCCUCUGCAUAUGGGUGGUGACCACCCCUUCAAUCAUGUGCUUGAAGUCUUGAGUAACCGUCUUUGCUUGUGUUACUUUAAUGAUAUUCAUUGUGUUGUGUGGUUGAUUAAAAAGUAUGGGAAUCAACAAUCUUGGAAGAAGUUGAUGUUAAUCCCUCAUUCCAAGUUAAACAUGGCUAUGCCUAUGCCCAUCCAUGCUUCUUGUUGCCUUCGACCUUUGUGCAUUUCAGAAAAUGGCAUAGUUUUUAUGCGAACUAUUGAUCUCCAAUUAGUUAGCUAUAACACAAAGAAUGGCAGUUCGGAUGAUCCUGAGAUUAAUAUGGGAAGGUAUAGGAGGGAUGAUAUGCAUAUUUACCAUGAGAGCUUAAUUUCACCACCAUAG